GGGUGUGAGCGGACUGCGCCAAGGGGGAGGGGUGUGCGAGCAGCGCGAGUCACGUGCCCGGCCAGUCAGGUGAUUGGUGGAAGGCGGUCAGCUGACUGGGUUCCCGGUGUUGGUGUGAGCUCCCCCCGUGUGUUGGUGUCAGUUCGAAAGGUCCGAGCACAGAGCGGCCACAGCGGCUCCUUCUCCAGUCCGACACCAUGAACGGCCAUGUCAUGCUCUACUCCGGGGUCACCCUGGCCUUCUGGGCCACACUCAUCAUCGUGGGUACAUGUUAUACAAUAUUUGACCUGGGAUUUAGAUUUGAUGUCGCCUGGUUCCUUACAGAGACGUCUCCCUAUAUGUGGGCCAAUCUCGGUAUAGGAUUAGCCAUUUCUCUUUCAGUGGUUGGUGCAGCUUGGGGUAUCUUCAUCACAGGUUCCAGUAUUUUAGGAGGAGGUGUGAAGGCCCCGCGGAUUAAAACAAAGAACUUGGUCAGUAUCAUUUUCUGUGAAGCUGUGGCAAUUUACGGCAUUAUCAUGGCUAUUGUAAUCAGCAACAUGCAGGAGAGUUUUAAAGGAACUACCCCGGAGACUAUUGGAAAUCGAAAUUAUUUUGCAGGGUUUUCAAUGUUUGGAGCCGGGCUCACCGUAGGAUUCUCUAAUCUCUUUUGCGGUAUCUGUGUUGGCAUUGUUGGUAGCGGGGCUGCACUUGCCGAUGCUCAGAAUGGCAGUCUGUUUGUGAAGAUCCUGAUUGUGGAAAUUUUUGGUAGUGCCAUCGGCCUGUUUGGUGUCAUUGUUGCAAUUUUGCAGACGUCCAAAGUAAAAAUGGGUGAUUGAAGUCCCUUCGUAGCGUUAAGACACGAGUCUUGAGGUGUGCGUCGUCCAUCCAUCCUGACUGGAGACCUAUUGGAGAGAGACUUAUAUUUAUUCCAUGUGUUUCAUUUUGACUUUGACAGAAGAUAUAAAAACACCCCUCUUCUCUCCCCCCCCCC